ACCGUCAAUUUUUUGUUUAUUUUCAGGGCACAGAUACCACUAUGCUCCAAAAAAUGAAUCAGGUCCACGGAAAAGGUGACAUCUAUAUUCCUCCCAAGAACAACUAUGAGACACAUUUUGGAAUCCAUCAUUUUGCUGGAGUGGUCAACUAUGACUCAAAAGGUUUCCUCGAGAAAAACCGUGACGCCCUCAGCUCAGAUCUGAUUCAGCUGGUGGAGACCUCCACCAACAAGCUCCUAAAACAGACGUUCAACAGUGAGCUGUCCUCCAAUACGAUCAAGAGCAGCACCAACCCCAAGAUGGUCAUCACCGUGAACAAGAACUCUCUCCGGCAAGCAAAUGAUAGUAAGAAGCGUGUGCUAACUUUGAGCAGUCAGUUCCGUCAGUCUCUGGAUUCCCUGAUGAAAACACUGACUGUGUGCCAGCCCUAUUUCAUACGCUGCAUCAAACCCAAUGACUUCAAGAAGCCCAUGCUGUUUGACAGAGAGCUGUGCUUGCGUCAGCUCCGUUACUCCGGUAUGAUGGAGACGAUCAGGAUCCGGAAAGCUGGGUAUCCCGUACGCUACACCUUUGACGAGUUUCUAGGCCGCUACCGUGUCCUGCUGAAAACUUUCCUCUGCGAUCCAAAAACAGAAAGCAAAGAGAAAUGCUGUGAAAGCAUUUGUGAAACUGUGCUUACUGGAGAGGGCGACUGGAAGACUGGAAAGACAAAGAUAUUCCUGAAGGACUUCCAUGACACUAUGCUCGAACUGGAGCGAAUGAAAGAACUAAAUGUGAAAGCACUUUUGAUCCAGAAAGUGAUCAGAGGCUACAAAUACAGGAAAGAGUUCCUGAGGAAAAAGGCAAGUGCUCUUGUCAUUCAGAAAUACUGGAGAGGACACAAAGGCAGAAAGCUGUACAAAGUGGUCCAGCUGGGCUUUGCGAGGCUCCAGGCACAGGUUCGCUCUCGCCAACUCCACUUCCAGUACAAAAAGAAGCGGGAGGCAGCUAUCGCGCUGCAGGCCAAGGCCAGAGGAUAUCUGGCCAGGAAGGAAUGGAAGCGCAAGAGAGACGCUGUGAUCCUCCUACAGGCACACACCAGGGGUAUGCUGGCAAGGAAAGCUCUCAAAAAGAUGAAAAGAGAUAUGUACCUCUCUGCUAAAGAGAAAGAAGAGGAAGAGCGGCUCAUCUUGGAGAGACAGAAACACUUGGAGGAAGUGUUGAGGCAGAAGAAGGAGAUGGAGGCCAAAACCCAGUCGGAAUCCAUUACAGACCAGGAGAUGGUGGACAGCAUCUUUGGCUUUCUGCCCACUGUGGUUGGAGGGCAGGAGGGGCAAGCACCUGUGGGAUUCGAGAAUUUUGAGGGGAAAAGGACAGUUACCGAGGAGAUCGACAUUGACGACCUCCCCAUGGAGGAAGAGCUUCCCAAAGAAGAUUACGACGACCUGGAUGAGUACUCCUUCUCCAAAUUUGCUUCCAUGUACUUCCAGGGUGCAGCCACCGCCACACACAUCCGCCAGAGACUGCGACAGCCCCUGCUUUACCACGAGGAUGAAGGAGAUGUUGUGGCUUCGUUGACAGUGUGGUGGAUCAUUCUGAGGUUCUUAGGAGACCUCCCUGAGCCGAAGAAGCAUGUGCAGGUCCAGGGAACCUCCACGCAGGAUCGCUUUCUAGUGCAGGACGUGAUGUCCAGAAAGGACAGACGUCUCAGCCACAUGGUGGGCCUGGAUCAGAGGGUGCUAAGGAAUAAAAAAGAGAGAAAGCCUUCCACAGUCCCUGAGGAGCCGACACCAAACAGAAAAGGCUCCAUUUUCACAGACCUGCUGACAAGAAACAGGAAAGCGUCUGCUGUUCCCAGCGAGGCGGCUUCAAACCAGAAGAUAUACACCGUACCAGAAGGGAACCCUCGAGCAAGGAAGGGAUCCACGUUCACUGACCUGCUGACCAGAAACAGAAAGGCAUCCAGUGCUCAAGACACUGGAAGCCCAAGACCCAUUUCAAGCCUCAGGAAACCCUCUAUCAUCAUGGAGGAGUCAGAGGAUCAGACUGAAGUGUCCAAGCCUCCCACUCUGCAGACUGUGAAGGAGGACAGUGAUGUCAUGACUGAAGAAGGACCCACUCUGGACCGGCCACUGACGUCUCUGGAAAAACUCCACAUCAUUGUGGGAUAUGCCAUCGUCAGGCGUGACCUCAGGGACGAGAUUUACUGUCAGAUCUGCAAGCAGCUUCAGGAUAACAACAAUCGCAACAGCUACUUCCGUGGUUGGAUCCUGCUGUCCCUCUGUUUGGGCAUUUUCCCUCCAAGUGACCGCUUCAUAAGAUACCUUCAAAGUUUCAUCCGCUCCGCUCCAGGGGGCUACGCUUCCUACUGUGCUGAGAGGCUGAGGCGCACUGUAAUGAACGGAGUGCGAGGCGAACCUCCAGCCUGGAUGGAGCUUCAGGCAACCAAGACAAAAAAGCCCAUGAUUGUGUCUGUGACAGUGAUGGAUGGACGCUCCAUCAACCUGCCUGUUGACUCAGCGUCUACCUCCAAAGAGAUCUGCCAAGUCCUCGCCAACAAAGUCAAACUCAAAGACACAUUUGGAUUUUCUCUCUAUGUGGCUCUGUAUGAAAAGGUUUGGGCUCUGGGCAGCGGCCGGGAGCACGUGAUGGAUGCCAUCUCCCAGUGUGAACAGGAAGUGAAGAGGAGAGGAGGGCAGGAGCAGCACGCUCCCUGGCGUCUCUUCUUCCGCAAGGAGGUCUUCACUCCCUGGCACGACUGCAAAGAGGACAAGAUCAGCACAGAGCUCAUCUACAAACAGAUCAUCCAUGGUCUGAAGUGUGGAGAGUACCAGUGUGAAAAGGAGGAUGAUUUUGUUCAGCUUGCUGCAAAACAUUUGUACAUCCAGCACGGCUCAGACAGCAGUCCAGAAAAGGUGAAGGCAGCUGUGCAGGACUGUGUCAAAAGCUCUCUGCUGGAGGACAAAUCCGAGGACAAAUGGGUGCAGAUAGUCAGCACCGCUCACGCUCAGGGUCCGUAUCUGAGUUCAAGGCAAAAGACAGAUUCAGUGAAGGCAGAGAUGGUGGACUACGCCCGGGAGAAGUGGCCCAUGUUCUUCUCCAGGUUCUUUGAGGUUGUCAAGCUGUCAGGUCCUCCACUGCCUAAAAGCAAGUUCAUUGUUGCCAUAAACUGGACUGGCAUCACAUUCCUGGAUGAGAGAGAGAAGAGGCUGCUGGAACUCUCCUUCCCAGAAGUCAUCGGAGUUAACACCACCAGGGAGGGUAAAGUGUCUGGCCAUGCCGUGUGUUUGCUGACUCUGAAAGGAGAUUUCACUCUGAGCGGAUCCACAGUGGAGGACAUGGCAGAGCUGGUCACCAUGUUCCUGAGUGGACUCACAGAGCGCUCCCAGUAUGCUGUGUCUCUGAAGGAAGCCGACAAGCAAGAUGACCCCACCUUCCUGAGCUUCAAGAAAGGAGAGCUCAUCAUAAUUAUCAAAGACGAGGAGUUAUCUCAGGAGCGUGGUUGGAUAAAAGGUCAAAACGAGAGAACCAAACAAACAGGAGCCGUCCCCACUGAGGCCAUCCUAAUCCUGCCAACACUCAGCAAACCCACCAAAGAGGUCAUGAGCCUCCUCAACCUGUCUCCCAACCAGAGGAAGGACGUCAUACAGAAAGAAACAGGCACAGUGGAAAGAAUAGCUCCCGCCACGCUGAAAGAAUUCUCCGUCGAGUACUUCAGGCAGCCCACUAAGGAUGUGAACCGUCAGGUGAUUUCGAGGAACGCUGCUCCCGAGAGGCUGUGGGUGAACUCCAGAGAGCCAAUCAGGCAGCCCCUCCUCAAGAAACUGGCGAGCAACUCAGAGCUCAGCCACAAAGCCUGUCUGGCCUUCACUGCGAUCCUGAAGUAUAUGGGAGAUUACCCCACCAAGCAGAUGCAGAGUCCUCUGGAGCUCACCGACCAGAUCUUCGGCCCCGCCACUCAAAAUGAAGUGCUCAGGGAUGAGAUCUACUGCCAGAUCAUGAAGCAGAUGACCCACAAUAACAACCGGUUCAGCAUGGAGCAGGGCUGGCAGCUGCUGUGGCUCUGCUGUGGCCUGUUUCCUCCCAGCCAGUCUCUUCUGAGGCACACAAAGCGAUUUCUGGAGUCGCGGCGCAGAGAGACCCUGGCCACUGACUGUCUGCAGAGGCUGCAGAGCUCACUGAGGAUGGAGCCCAGGAAGCUCCCACCACACCAGGUGGAGGUAGACGCCAUCCAACAGAACAGCACCCAGAUCUUCCACAAAAUUCACUUCCCCAACGACACAGAGGAGGUAUUUGAGGUAGCAACCAGCACCAGGAUCAGGGAUCUCAUCCAAAAUAUCAGCAACAAACUCGAGCUGACUUCAGCAGACGGCUUCAGCAUUUUUGUCAAAACACAUGACAAGGUUCUCAGUUUGAAUGACACAGACUACUUCUUCGAUAGUCUGAGACAAAUCACAGACUGGUCCAAGAAAGCCACGCGGGUCAAAGACGGUGGGACAGUCAGCAUAUCCUACCUUGUGUUCUUCAUGCGGAAGUUGUGGUUCAAUGUGAUCCCUGGCAGAGACACAGAGGCUGAUAUUAUCUUCCAUUUCCCUCAGGAGCUACCUAAGUACCUGAGGGGCUAUCAUGUUUGCACCAGAGAGGAAAUGGUCAACAUUGCGGCUCUGCUCUUCAGGAUGAAGGCUAGCAAUGACAAGAACCAGAUUGUCAUGAUUCCCAAAAUGCUAAAGGAGCUGGUGCCUGCAGACCAAGUGAAGGCCAUGUCUGAGAAUGAGUGGAAGAAGAGUAUUGCCGCCUCUUAUAACAAACAAGCUGGCAUGACUGUUGAAGAAGCUAAGGUGGCUUUUCUGAAGGUGGUUUACCGCUGGCCGACGUUCGGCUGUGCAUUCUUUGAAGUGAAGCAAACAUCGGAACCAAGUUUUCCAGACAUUGUGCGAAUUGCUAUCAGCAAGCAAGGACUCACAAUCAUCCAUCCCAAAACCAAGGACGUGCUGGCAAAUCACCCUUUCAACCGCAUCGCUAACUGGUGCAGUGGAAGCACCUACUUUCACAUGACUAUUGGCAAUUUAGUGAAGGGGAGUAAAUUCCUGUGUGAAACUUCAUUGGGUUACAAAAUGGAUGAUCUUUUAACCUCCUAUGUCAACAUGUACCUCAGAGAGAGGAGGGCAGUGCAAACCAGGAACCAGCGCUUCAACAUGUGAGCCUCACAGUCAAGUAGCAUGAGUGUGACGCAACUUGUGCCCUCUGCAGCUGCAGAUUCAAACUUGUAGUUUAUACAAACACACAUAGAAGCAGAGUGGCAGUAGUUCCUUGUUUUUGAAAGUGCAAUCAAUUUUACUUGUGCUCUGAGGAAAAAAAAAUACAUUGAUUUAUUGCUUGAAACACAGUUGUAGAUUUCUCAUAUUUUGUUAAGUUAUGGUUUUUUGACAUUUAUACAAGGGUCUCAAUCUGAAGUGAAGGGAAGGUUAUAUUGUGCACACAUUUCAUCAUUUUAUCAAUGAAGAGAAAUUAGUUUCAAUACUAGUGACAAAUGCAUGUUUCAUGAUGCAUAAAUAAAAACAAUGUGUAUAACCACAUGGUGUUCACAAGUGUGUCUCCUGUCCGCACACAAACAACGCCCAAAUUGAAUUAAUGUAAAACUAUUUUUAGAAAUAGCUACAACCUAAUUUGAGUAAAUGUCCCUAUUCUACAUACAGUAUACAUUUCAACUUCAAGUUAAUUUAUUGAAUAUUGCACUUAGAACACUUACGCUUUCUGUGCAUAUAAAUGCACAGAAAUGAAAUUUUGUUGCAUUUAUUUACAGAUAGUUGAAUCUGUGUGAAGGGAUCACCCGACACACUCUGGAUUCAGUUACAUUUGUGUGUUUGGUCGACUUUUUUCACAUAUUCUGAUCCAAAAAUUCAUGAUGCACUUACAGAUGUUUGUAGAAAAACUUGAACGUCUGGCCUUCAAGAAAUUUGUGGAAUUUUCAUGUUGAAAAGCUUUUUUCUCUCCAAAACAUAUUUCAUUAUCAUCUAGUCAACAAAAUUCACAAAUAUACAUUUAUAUGCACAGGAAGUACUUGUUAUUAGAUCGGUGAACUUUAAGUUGGAAACAUAUAUGUAAAAUACUGGCAUUUAUUGAAGUUUGGCGGUAGUUUGUUAUGAAUUGGAAAUGUAUUCACAAAUUGUCACACACAUUUGUAAAUCUUGUUUUUAUUUGAGGAACAUGAAACAUGCAUCAGUUGCUAGUAUUGUAACUAAUUCCUCUCCAUAUUAAUCUCCCUGCAUGAAAACCAUUAAAGUUGCCCUGUGGAGUUUUAAUGUAAACAAACAAAAGUUAUGUUUGCAUUCAGAGUUUCUCACCAAAACCCACUGUGUAUCCUUAAGGCCCUAAAAAUGCAUUUAAUGCAUAUCUGUCCUCAUAAAACAUAUAAAAAAAAAUAUUUUAAAUUGUGCCAUGUUUGCUAGCUUGCAGUGUUCUUCCUCCUUGCCUUUGCUUCUGUGCGCAUUACCGCAACCAACUGUCAAUAACUGGAAUAGCUCAAAACAGAUGGCAGAAUGUGAAUUGUGUGCCUGUGUGUUUACAUGUGUAGGAACAUAUGUAUAUACAAUACAAACAAAGGUGGCCCACCCGUAAAGACAACGUUGCUCCAUAGCGCUACUAGUGGUCAAAAACUCCACAUGGUACCUUUAAACAAGCCUAACUGUAGAAUAUAUCUUGACUGCUUAAAAUGAUUCUGCUUGUACAUGAUAAAAUAUUCAAUGAAACAUAUAUUGUUAAGAAAUUCUUUUUUUCUGCUAAAAUUGCAAAAUAAAUCAU